AUGCAAGCCCUCACCCGCAUAGCACGCCCCGUGCUGACGUGCAAAGCACUUCCCAUCCGGACCUUUACAACCCUCUCCCCCCUCCGGCCGAGCCUCUACGCCAACCCGAUGCGAAGACCAAGCGCCAUGACGUGCUUCACACCUCUUCCCUCGACCACCACCGCCGCCGCCGUCGACGUCGUCGCCCCCUCGGCCAUCUCCGCGCACCCGGCGCUCGCGGGCGGCGCGAGCCAGAUCCGCUGCGGCCCGCGCAACACCAUGAACGGCGCGACGAGGCUGGUGCAGAAGCGCCGCCACGGGUACCUCGGGCGCACGCGCACGCGCACCGGUCGUGCCAUCCUGAAGCGACGCCGGCAAAAGCGACGCGCCAAGCUGGGCUGUCACUAA